CACGCGAAUAAUUCCCACAAUUCCACGGGACCCAAGAGAAACCGUCAGGCAGUGCAACAUGGCGGAUCCCAGAGAGAAAGCCCUACAGGACUACAGGAAGAAAUUACUUGACCACAAAGAAAUUGACGGGCGUCUGAAAGAACUGCGAGAACAACUAAAGGAACUCACAAAGCAAUACGAGAAAUCCGAAAAUGACCUGAAAGCUUUGCAAAGUGUCGGACAGAUUGUCGGCGAAGUGCUGAAACAGUUAACAGAAGAGAAAUUUAUUGUUAAAGCAACCAAUGGUCCACGUUAUGUUGUUGGCUGCCGUCGACAACUGGAUAAAUCCAAACUCAAGCCUGGCACCAGAGUUGCCCUGGACAUGACAACACUUACCAUUAUGAGGUACCUGCCCAGAGAGGUGGACCCCCUGGUGUACAAUAUGUCCCAUGAAGACCCAGGCAGUGUCUCUUACUCAGAGAUUGGGGGCUUGUCAGAGCAGAUCCGUGAACUGCGAGAGGUGAUCGAGUUGCCCCUGACAAACCCAGAGCUCUUCCAGAGAGUGGGUAUCAUCCCACCCAAGGGCUGUUUGCUGUAUGGACCACCAGGCACUGGAAAGACCCUGUUGGCCAGAGCCGUUGCCAGUCAGCUUGACUGCAACUUCCUGAAGGUGGUGUCCAGCUCCAUUGUGGACAAGUACAUUGGAGAAAGUGCCAGGCUGAUCAGGGAGAUGUUCAACUAUGCCAGGGAUCACCAGCCCUGCAUAAUCUUCAUGGAUGAGAUUGAUGCCAUUGGGGGCCGUCGUUUCUCUGAGGGAACGUCUGCUGACAGAGAGAUUCAGAGGACACUGAUGGAGCUUCUGAACCAGAUGGAUGGGUUUGAUACUCUGCAUAGGGUGAAGAUGAUCAUGGCCACAAACCGGCCUGACACCCUGGACCCUGCCUUACUACGUCCAGGCAGGCUGGACCGCAAGAUCCACAUUGAGCUACCGAAUGAGCAAGCUCGCCUGGACAUCCUGAAGAUCCACUCUGGACCCAUUACCAAGCAUGGAGAAAUAGACUAUGAAGCAAUUGUGAAGCUGUCCGAUGGCUUCAAUGGAGCCGAUUUGAGAAACGUGUGCACUGAAGCAGGCAUGUUUGCAAUCCGUGCUGAUCACGAGUAUGUAACUCAGGAAGAUUUCAUGAAGGCAGUGCGCAAAGUGGCAGAUUCUAAGAAGCUGGAAUCCAAACUGGACUACAAGCCAGUAUAACAAAGUUCCUUACCAUCGAGAAGAAUCUUGGGUGCACCAGAGAGAAGACAAACUGCUUAAAAAUGGGAAAGUUUGCCAUUUCUGUACUGUACUCCAUUACAAAUAUAUAUACAAGUGUAGAGUGUAGAAUCCAUUAACUUUAGAGGAUAACGCUAUGCUACGGUGUUUUUUUGUAUGUAGCAAAAAAAAGAAAAGCUUUGUUCUAUUCUGUCCAUUGGAGAAAAAAAAAACAUAUGGCUGUCUUUUGAGUAAUUGUACAAUUUCAAUGUCCUACUAUAAGAUACUCUUUGCCAUUUCUACACAAGUGUAAUAUUGAACCAUCAAUUGACCUCAAGAAUGAUUGAAUAUACAUUUACUACAAUUGUUCCUGGAUCUGUCUUGUUUCCUAUUAAACACUGUCAGAAGUGAAAGUAUUUCAGUGAUUUAUUACCACUUUAGGAGAAAAGAAAUGUGCAUCAAUGAAGCAUUUAUAUCUAUCGCUUAUAAAAUAUAUGAAAGCUGUAUGCCUGGUUGACUUUGUACCAUGUAAAAUACAGUCAUUAAAAACUUUCUGUAAAAUAACCAA